AUGGUGUCCUCGACAAUUAGCGCGAGGGAGGCUGCCCUCGCACAUAUCCUCGCAGCGUACUCGUACCAUGGCAUGCUGGCCGCGUCCGACAAGGAGUCGAGUGACGAUGAUUACUAUGAUUCCGACGACGACAGCGAGCUGUCUGCAAACGAGAACAGCGACGACGAGUUAGUUGGAGACGAGAAAGACGGCGAAAACGAAAACGACAAUCAUGACGAUGACGAUGACGAUGACGACGAAGAUGACGAGGAUGGAAGCUCGGAACCAAAGGAGCCAACCAUAGCUCUCACCAGAGUUGGGCUCGACGACAUCCUAACCAUGUCUGAAUUCCAACGCCGCCGCGGACACGGCCGCGACCGCGGAUGUGCAAACGCCGGCCUCCGAGACGGGCUCUGGGCGCGUGAUCCCAACUUCUACUUGAUGACCUCCAAAAUGGGGUUUCUGUCUCAGUUGGCCCAGAUCUGCAUCCAAGCCAAGGCCUAUACCCAUCUCGCCAAGGCGGCCUCGGGCUGCUCCAUUGUCCUCAAGGACUGCGUAACGGCCAAGGACAGCAGGGUCCGCUCCGUGCCCUUCCUCGACGAGAAUCCAUACAAGAGAGUGGACUUGGUCGGUGUUUCCAACGUCAUCUACUGGAUGGUCAAGAUCCAGGCCGACAUGGGCAUCGGGCCCAGGAAGUUUGGAACAUGGCACCACCGGUUUUUGCCCCCGAGGGUCACCAUGCCUUCAGUCGAGGCCGCCCUGUUCAGGAUCCGGGACCUGAGCGUGUGCAAGAAUCGCCUCUGGAACCUAGUCAACGUCAGCGACCGCAAGCAGAGCGAUCUGCCCGACAUCAUCGACAUGAUCGAGUCCCACCCGGGCUUCGGCGAGGAAGGCGACGGCCAGAACGACCACCGAGACUGCACGCCAAGCAAGUGCCAGGGGUCGCACAUGAACAGCGAACUGCAGGUGUAUCCGGUGGACCUGCUGGAAACGUCACUGGAGCUCGGCAAGAGCACGGCCUGGCUGUGCAACCGCGCCCUGCUCAGCGGCCCCAACGACGAAUACAUAGUCAUGUCCCACGUCUGGUCCGACGGCACCGGGGUAGGGGCCAAGAACCCCGGCACCUCCGACACCCGCAGCAAGGCGCUGGGCAGGAUGCACUGGAACUACGCCCACGCCAAACACACAGUCAUGCACGACAGCUUCCUCGUUCAUUUCGACUGGAGGAGCGAUGGCAGCCCGUGCCUCGCCCUGGUCCUCUCGUCGUGGUUCACACGCGGGUGGACGGCCCUGGAGCUGCUCAUGUCCAACAGGGUCAAGGUGCUUUUCAAAGACCCUACCAAGCCCAAAGGUGCCCCGCCCUUGGUCAAAGACCUCGACGACGAUAUCCUCGCAAAGGGGCCCGCGCUCGUCUCUCGCGCCCACUGGCUGGCGACGUGCUUGAUCCAGCGUCUGCGCCGGCCCAUCGACAACAUCGGCGAUCUCCUCGCCAUCCUCGCGCCUCGCGCCACGUCCUGGGUGCGCGACAGGACCAUCAUCGCCGGCCUGCUUGCCGGCGUGCCCAACCUGGACUCCAAGAAGGGCGAGAGUCACAUCACGCGCGAUAUCCUCAAGUACGUGGGCAAGAUUCCCUACACUUGUCUGCUACAUGGCAAGCCGACCAUGGGGGACACUGGGGCCUUCUCGUGGUGUCCGGCCGUGCUCGACGACAUGCCCAUCGACCUUUCGGUCGACAUGAAAGGCGGGGCUGGCGCCCAAAAUUCGUCGCUGCUCGAGAUCGACGAGGGCGGCGCUGUUGAGGGCUACUGGCGGUGUCGGAGGUUGACCAAGGACGAGGUCAACAGCAGCAAGAUCAAGCCCCUGGAGAAUAACGUGUCAGCCACGGCAAAGGUCAGCAAUGCGCUCCGGUACUGGAAGCACUGUCUCCUCCUGUGGCAUUCUCUCGAUCCCGAUGACCCCGCGCUCCUGGCUGUGCCACUCAGAGUGGUCCGGGCUGACCCCCUCCUCGAGUGCCACUAUGUGGGUGCAGUGACUGAGGAUUGUAAACCCUCGACCCUCGAGGAGGGGCACGACGAUUUUGCGUGGGACGACGAGCACUGGGUGCGCAUUGGGAGAGAAGACGAGAACGCCGCGGCCAAGAUUCACGCCAGCAAAGCGUUGCGGCUGAUGGACGAGUACUAUGGCGAAUACGAUGACCAUGACGACGACGACGACGACGACGACGACGACAACGACAAGAGCAGGCUCGAACCAGAGCUUUCAGACUACGAGCAGUCGUCAGACGAGGAAAUAGCCGACUCUCCUCCAACCAACACCGACAAGGCGUGGUACAAGGCCGAAAACGCCCUCGUCUACAGCCGCUCCGGCGCUCUGGACGACGCCGGGUCGGCCGUAUCCCUGCCCAGCGCCCCUGUCCCGGACGACCUCCUCACUGCCAUCCGGAGGAAUAAGAAAAAGGCUGUCCAGUAUCUCGUUAGCUACGGGGUCAGGCUGACAGACGAGCAAAAGGAGAACCUUGUCAAUAAUCUUGGCCGAGACGACGAGUACACCUUUGACAAGCUCAAGAUGCUGGGCGAUGUCUACGUAGAGCAUGGCAUGCUGUCUCUAGCGAUCGAGACGUACGAAAAGGCUGUCCGUGGGGCGUACGUGAAAGCGGGCAGAAAACAGCAGAAAGAGCGCGGCCCGUGGAGGCCAGUCGGUACCGCAACGAACCGGGACACCAAGGAGCUUUUCAACGACGCAAAACGCCUCCUAGAAGACGUCUGGAAGAAGUGCAAUGAGAAGGUGAUCCGGAGGCAAAAGAAGAAGUCCGACAAGUCGGCGCAAUCAAAAGCAAAGAAUACCGACGAACCUACCACGACCACCACGGCGGCAGCGGGGAUCGGGAUGGCGACGGGUGCAAUCCAACUAGACUCGAGGUCGAAGGGUAACAAGGCCGGGUCCACGGACAAGAAGCCAGAGAAGUCGAAGGAGGCGAAGGAAGCGAAGGAAGCGAAGGAAGCGAAGGAAGCGAAGGAAGCGAACUCUGCCGACCACGCCGACGAAUGGUACAGACUCGAGCUCGAGGCCGCCGCCGACCUGACCCUGCUCUACGCCGACGACGGCGAGUUCGAACAGGCCGCGGGGGCUUACUGUAAGGCGCUGGGCAAGUUUGGCAAGCCUCCCGACGGCAAGGUCGAAAUGUUUUCCGGGCAGUGGGAGUCCCGCCUCAGCCAGCCGCACGAGGAGAAAAAGAGGCGCGACGAGGAGACAGGCCGAAUCUACGAGGGCGCCCUACGCAAGUUCGACAGUCUAUUCCGAAGAGAGAAACACGUCCUGAGCAUGGUCACGGCUGCGAAUCUCGGAAUCAACUAUUCGUACCGCUCAAAGUUUCUCGAGGCCGAGGGCCUGCUGAAACGCGCUGUCGAGGGGUUCGAGGAGUUGCUCGACGGGAUCAGGCCCGGGGAGCCCAGACCCAAAGACGCCAGCGCGUUCGGUCUCCGGCACAUGGUGACACUGCUCACCACCCAUCAGCUCGGCAUUCUCUUCACGCUGCGGCAUAAUUUCGACGGCGCCCAAGAGCAGCUAAAGAGCGCCCAGACAGGCUUUAUGCUCAAAGUCGGCCCCGAGUCGCUGCUGAUGCUCGUUGCAUGGUUCGAUGUAGCGCAGAAUCUCUUAGCUAAGCGGCCGCCAGCCCCAGAGGAGGCAGAGGCUAUCUUGUGGGCCGUCAAGAAGCACUUGGAGAAGACGCUGGAACCAAAGCACUACCGCCUGACGCUCCGUGCCGCUGCGGGCCUGUCUCCGAGCCUAUAUCAGGGGUAUGACGCCGACGAGUGCGACAUGCUGUCGUUUGUGGGCCGUCUGCACGAGACGCAGGGCGAUCUGACGCGCGCCGAGCUGACCCUGCGGCGGUGCCUCGCGGGGUUCCAGUUCCUCGACGGCCCGACGUCGGUCAAGUCGCUGCAGGCGUCCAAGAGGCUGGGCAGCCUCCUCUGCGCGACCAAGAAGUGGCCGGAGGCCGAGAAGAUGCUCGCCGACGCGCUGGCGGGCUUCCACGCCGUGCAGGGGGCAUACCAUAGCAGCACGCUAUCCGUCGCCCGGCUGCUGGGGUCGCUCUAUCUGGGCCAGAAGAAGCUGGCCGAUGCGCAGGCCCAGUGCGAGCGCGCGCACCGGGGCUUCCAGAAGGCCAACGGCCAGGACAGCCGGCAGACGGCUGAAGCCGCGCAGACGCUCGGCGCCGUCUACCUCGAGCAGGGCAAGUUCAGCCUCGCCCGGGACAUGUGCAACGCCGCCUUCACCUCGCUCGAAAAGGUGCUCAAGGACAAGAACAGCUCCCUCAUUCUGCAGGCCGCCAUGGACAUGGGCAGGGUCUGCACGGCGAUGCGCGACGCAGAUAACCUAGAGAUAGCCGCCAACAUGUACAAGCGCGCUGUCCAGGGGUUUACCGAGAGAGAAGGUAUCAAGGCCGUCCCGACGCUCGACGCUCGCCUCAAGCUCGGGGAGGUCAAGCUCGGGCCCGACGACGCCAAGGUGUUUGAGGCAAUGUUGCGCCUCGGCCAUCUCAAGUUCGACCAAAUGAGCCAAGAUGACGACGAAACGCCGCCGACCGACGUCAAGGAUGGCGGUGAUGAUGAUGAUGAUGAUGAUGAUGAUGAUGAUGAUGAUGAUGAUGAUGAUGAUGAUUAUGGCGAUGAUGAUGAUGAUGAUGAUGGCGAUGAUGAUGAUGACGAUGAUGUGGAGAACAUGAUCCAAAAGGCUAGGGACGGCUUGAUCAAGACGCUUGGCGAUGGCGCUGGGGCCGCGCCACGCCGACACAGCGUGCACGUCGAAAGCCCAGAUGAGUCCACCAAGCUCUACAUCCCUCUCAACCGCGGCACAAAGUCGAUAAGAUUAUUCCGCAUCUCUCAUGGACCCGCAGAUCAGCUCGAGCUCGAGCUAAAGGCCUUCUGCCUCGAAUCGGCUGAAUGUCCGCCGUUUGCAUCGCUCUCUUACAUGUGGGGAAUUGAUGCUCCCUAUCACGAUGUCGCCAUAAACGGGACGCCGCAAAAAGUUCGACCCAACGCAUUCCUAUUCCUUACCACCUUGCGAAGCCACCAGAAACGCCAAAUUGAAGAAGAGGCCGAAAGUCUACCGCUACGAAAUUCGCGGGAAAUUUCAUCCGUCCCGCGGUCAUGGAGAAGGGACCAUGGCCCCCCUGCAUGUAGUCUCGAAUGGAUGUGGAUGGACAGCAUCUGCAUCAACCAGUCCAACCCCAACGAGCGAAACCACCAAGUCGGACUUAUGCGGAAGAUAUAUAGCCUGGCCGAGCAUGUCCUGUUUCACAUCGGCCCUGAUGCACCCAGCGCACAACGCCACAUCGACGGCCUAUUCCCCGAAAGGAACAAGCAACUCCUUCAGAACUGGGCUGAGAAAGGCUGUCCGAGAUAUGUCAUGCAAAAUGUGGCCAGCGUUAUCAACAGCUCACCCUAUGCGAUGCGUCUAUGGGUCGUUCAAGAACUGGUGCUCGGCCGUCACGUCUUCUUUGUUACCACAGACUGGGUCGUUCCGUUCCCAGAUCUCGCAGACGCAGGGGCCCUUCCCAGUAUCCACAUUGCAAGGAAUGACUGGCAUGGAGGGAGAGCAACAAUGGAUCGCGGGUCAUCGCUCGUCUCAUUAUUGAAGGAUUAUCGCCACCACCGCUGCGAGAAAACGGUAGAUCGGGUCUUCGGCUUGCUUGGCAUCUGCUCCGAGAAGAUUCCGAUCGACUACAACCUGUCGCCACGGUCGGUAGCUAUUGAGACCCUAGCUUAUCUCAUCUUCAAAAAACGUCGCAAACCUGCCUAUAACCUCAUGUUUGAGGGGAUCCGCCGUAGGUUGCGAAUGCCCGACGUGGUCAAGAAUGUCCAGACUGCGCUGCGUUACGACCUUGGCAGUGACGACUAUCGAACUCUACAAACGCGCCUGUGUGAGAUGGCGCACUCCUCGGGCAAUUCAAGACUAACGGACUACUGGUGGUACUCAUCUGAUAGUAUUGAAAGCCAGAGUGCCGAUUCACUACGGGCCAGAUUGAAGGUCGCUGACCCAAUGGACAUGUGGGAUAUAAACUACGACUCGACAAAUGAAGCCAAUGUCUUGACAUCAACAAAGAAGAGGUCAAACAUGCAGUCAUAUACACCAGAGUCCUCUGAGGAUGUAUCCGAGGAUAACGUUAGACGAAAGAGGCUGAAGAAUACCGAAAGCGAGUGUGGGGAUGCAUCCUAG